AUGGCCACUACAAAGGCUCAGGCUCUACGACUCCCUGCGACGCGUUUGCGCUUGCAAGACAUAGCUUAUACAGAAAGACAGGUAUCGGGAUGCUAUGACUAUGAUAUCGAUCACGUUGUUCCCUGUUCUACUACCAACCAAACCCCCUCUCUCAGCCCGACUUUGCAGCUGCCGGUGCCAAUGUCUACUCCAUUUUCAUCCGUGACUCAACUCUCUGCCGUGUCGACACACCAUGUGCCCAAUGCGAGUUCCUCGAAGGUCGCGGCGACCCCUCUCCCCCUGUCGACCCCGAGUCCCGAUCCUGGGAGACGCUCACGGCAAGCCUAUCGAGAGAGUUAUAAUGGAGCACCAGUGUCGCCGCGACAGCCAAUGGAGAUAUCGCAUAGCACGGCCACCCUCAGACCGCAGGAAACACAUACUGCAGACGGAGACACGUCCGCCGCCGACGAGCUCGAGUGUCUAUCUCACGCAUCGCAGGCAACACGCACUUUUAUCCAUAUAGAGGAGUACAGCAUACCAGACGUACCACCUCCGCCGUACGAUGAAUGA